AUGAUAAAGUUUGGACCGCAGCGAGUUGUGAUUAUAAUAUUCGUCCUUACGAUCUUCUUUCUUUUCGCAUUCCUCCAAACGUUGAAUGUUGAUAAGAAAUACAAAUUGCGGUACAUACCUCAGCAAAUCAUGGAGCCGUUGCCACCCGCUCCGAAACUCAACUAUGUGGAGAAAAGGCUUGCGCAGAAGCCGAAUCUAAAGUCUAUUGCUCCUCUGUCCAAGCCAUCCCUGCGAAUGAUUGAACUCUACAAAAUCCAGGCGGCACAACGUCGAGCUUUUCUCAAUGCUGUCCACACUUCGCUCUCAAAAAACUACAUGUAUCUUUAUAACAAUCUGGCUCCUGAGGUAAAUUUUCUCAGAAAUUCCAUACUUUUUCCAGGAAACAUUAAUAAGACCAAGAAAAUUAACAAAUGUCGAUGGAUAUAAUA